CAAAAUUCGCCGCUUAGUUUACGUAAUUACCGGAACGUUUUAGGUUAUCGGAGCUCUCUCCGUCGACGUUGAUUCCUUCCAUGGCGAUGGCUGCAGCUGUUAUAGUGCCUUUGAGUCUUCUCUUCUUCAUCUCUGGUCUCCUCGUGAACCUCCUUCAGGCAAUUUGCUAUGUACUCAUUCGACCUCUGUCCAAGAACACAUACAGAAAGAUCAACCGGGUACUUGCAGAAACCUUGUGGCUGGAGCUUGUCUGGAUCAUUGACUGGUGGGCAGGAGUCAAGAUCAAAGUGUUUGCUGAUAAUGAGACGCUUAAUCGAAUGGGCAAAGAACAUGCUCUUGUCGUUUGUAAUCACCGAAGUGAUGUUGAUUGGCUUGUGGGAUGGAUUCUGGCCCAGAGGUCAGGUUGUUUGGGAAGCACAUUAGCUGUAACGAAGAAGUCUUCCAAAUUUCUUCCAGUCAUAGGCUGGUCAAUGUGGUUCUCGGAGUAUCUGUUUCUGGAAAGAAAAUGGGCAAAGGAUGAAAACACUAUAAAGUCAGGUAGUCAACGCUUGAACGACUUCCCUCGACCAUUCUGGCUAGCCCUUUUCGUGGAGGGAACCCGCUUUACAGAGGCAAAACUUAAAGCAGCACAAGAGUAUGCAGCUUCCUCUGAUUCGCCUAUCCCUCGUAAUGUCUUGAUUCCUCGCACCAAAGGGUUUGUGUCAACUGUUAGUAAUAUGCGUUCAUUUGUCCCAGCCAUUUAUGAUAUGACCAUUGCUAUUCCAAAAACUUCUCCAUCCCCAACUAUGCUAAGACUAUUCAGAGGGCAGCCUUCUGUGGUGCAUGUUCACAUCAAAUGUCACUCUAUGAAAGAUAUGCCUGAAUCAGAUGAGUCAAUUGCACAGUGGUGCAUAGAUCAGUUUGUGGCUAAGGAUGCACUGUUAGAGAAACAUAUAGCUUCAGACACUUUCCCUGGUCAUCAAGAACAUAACAUUGGCCGUCCCAUAAAGUCUCUUGCAGUGGUUCUAUCAUGGGCCUGCCUACUAACUCUCGGAGCAAUGAGAUUCUUACACUGGUCAAAUCUCUUUUCCUCAAGGAAAGGGAUGGCGUUAUCAGCGCUUGGUCUAGGUGUCAUCACUCUCUGUAUGCAGAUCCUGAUCCGCUCCUCUCAGUCGGAUCUUUCGACCCCAGCCAAAGUCGCUCCAGCUAAACCAAAUGACCAUCACCACGCAUGA